AUCUGUCGCUUAUACAUUGAUAUUUGUUUUGACUAUUGGAACCUACCGCAAAAUGUUAUACGCCGCAUAAAAUGUAUUCUUUCUGUAAAAAGUUCGUAUCCUUUGUGGAAGUCCACAGUUAGGCAUUACGAAUUAGUUCUGUAUAUUAAAUAUGUAAAUAUCGGAACCUAAAAAAUUCAACUUCUGCAAUAAACCUAAGCUUCAAAGAACAACAUAGUAAUAUUUUAAACCUAGUGGGAUCUUAGAGAAUUUCUCACUAAGAAAAUUUAAAAUAAUUUCAGUGUUCUAUAGUAUUUUUGCAAAACAAAAAUGAAAGAAAUGCUUGGUGGAUGUAGUGUAUGUUGUGAUGAUACUGGAUGGGCAGAAAAUCCUCUAGUAUAUUGUGAUGGACCUAAUUGUAAUGUUGCUGUACAUCAAGCUUGUUAUGGUAUUCGUAGUGUACCUAAAGAUGAAUGGUUUUGCAGAAAAUGUGAAUCUUUUCAAGAAAAAAAUAUUAAAGUGAAAUGUGAAUUAUGUCCUUCUAAAGAUGGUGCAUUAAAACCUACUGAGUGUGGACAGUGGGCUCAUGUAGUAUGUGCAUUAUAUAUACCAGAAGUAACUUUUCUUGAUGUUACCACAAUGGAACCAAUUAAGCUGAGUGCAAUACCACGAGAUCGUUUUAAUAGGGCUUGCUAUAUUUGUGACGAAAAAAACAAAGUAUCAAAAUCAGCAUCUUAUGGAGCUUGCAUGCCAUGUAACAAAACUGGUUGUAAAUUGGGUAUGCAUGUUACUUGUGCCCAAAGUAUUGGAUUAUUGUGUGAAGAGGCUGGCAAUUAUUUAGAUAAUGUAAAAUAUGUUGGUUAUUGCAAACACCACUAUUCAAAAUUAAAAAAAAGCAACAAUAUAAAGCCUAUAGCUCCUUAUCGUCCACAAAAUAAUACUGAAAAUUCUUCUAAUGAAUGUACACCAGAAAAGCUAACUGUAUCUAAUCCUGACACAGAAUCUUUGGCUUCAAAACAAAAAAAAAAGUUAACUGUUUCUGGUGACAAAGUAGUAAAUGAAAAAAAAGGAAAAGAUCAUAAAGAAAUAAACUUGUCAAGUACACAAAGUAAUGAAAAGAAAAAUUCACAGCCACACAUUGUUUCACCGAGCCCUAUUGGAAGUUUAAUCAUUUCAGUUGGAACUAAAACUGAAAAUAUGACUACAGGUAUCAAAAAUCAACAUCCAUAUGACUCUGAAUCUGGUAAACCCACUAAAAUUCUAAAAACUGAAAACCUUAUGCAUGCUGAAUCUUCAAAUAGUUAUAAAAAUCAAAAUAUUGGAGCUAAAAUUAUUGAAGAAUCAAAUAUAAGCAAGUCUGAAACCAAAACAAUUGUUAUAAAGUCAAAUAUACCUGGAGUUAAUUUAAUAAAAUUACCAGAGCAAAAUGUAUGGAAGCAAGAAACAAGUGUAAUCAGUGCUAAAAAAACUCAUACUGCAUCAAAAAAAGAGACAAUGGAAAAAAAAGUAAUUGAAACCAAUAGCAAUGCUGUUCAUAUGCUAGGAAACUCAUUGAAUUCUUCUUCAAGUAUGGCACUAAAUAUGGUAGACACUUUAAAUGAAGAAAUUGAAACUCAUAAAAAAUUUAGCGGAGAAAGAAAUGGACCUUCUAGUCAACCACAACAAUCAGUUAUGGGUCCUCAACUACCUAGACGCCAUCCAAAACCACCCCCUAUCAGUCAAUCAGAAAUAUCUCAAUCUCAAGGGUCAGUUCCAACAACAUGGUCAUCACUUACUAAUGGUCUAAACAACAAUAGUACUUAUGGUUUAGAAGACUUACUCGAACGUCAUUGGGAACAAGGGGGUGCUUUUCUAAUGGAGCAAGCUCAGCAUUUUGACAUUGCUUCAUUGUUGACUUGCUUAUACCAGCUAAAAAAUGAAAAUAUAAAUUUAGAGGAAGAACUAGCAAGCUAUACAAAACGCCGUGACCACUUAUUAGCUGUAAAUGCUAGACUAGCUUUACCAUUGCAACCUCCACCAGCUCAAAAUGCUGGUAAUAGAACACCUACUACAACAUCUACAUCCCUCAUGAAUAAUCACUCAGAAACUAUUGUUCUUUCGAGACCUAAUUAUCAAUCCAGUCUUCAAUCUCUAGACACUCAAUUACAGCAUAGAUAUCAAAAUCACUCCAUGCCAAACAGACAUCAAGUACAUCACAAUGUACCUAAUAGUAUUCCAUCUCAAGUUGUUAUUCGUGGAAAUAUUCAAGAUCCAAGAUCAGAUGUCAGAAGACAGACUAAUCAAAAUUCUAGUCAAAUUAAUUUCAAUCAGAUGUAUUCAUCUAACAUACAGCAGAUACCUAAUGUGGGACUACCUCGUCAUCAAUUAGGUAUAGAUGGACAUCCAAAACAUAGUUGAGAUUACAAUAUUCACUCAAGUGAAUUUGGCAAUUCACUUUUAGCAGAUUAUGUGUGGAAACAUAUAACUGAAGGGUUUACUCCUUGAUUACCUUCCAAUCUUUGACAUAUAUUUGUAUAAUAUUAUUAAAACUUAUGUCCCUUCAAUUUCUUUUUUAGUGAUUAUUUAUGUAGGUAUAAGAAAAGUAUCUUUAAUAUGAAAAAUCUAUGUUUUACAUCACAUAAAUUUAUUCUUAAUCAUAUUUACAAGUUCUAAAAAAUAUUUUGUGUUAUAAAUCAUAGUUUUAAAAUUUUAGUAGCAAUGUAAAUCUAAAAUAUUUUUGUGACAACCAAUUUCUAGAUUGAUAUUAUAUAUUUUUUCAUGAUAAAACCUUAUAUAAACUAUAUUUACUAAUAUUUGGAAAUUUGUUCUAUAUUUAGGUAUUAAAAAAAUAG